UGAGAAAGAAUUGAGAUCUAAAUUAGUGGUCAUUAAGUCCCCGACACAUCAAAAGGACUGCGGACGAAGAUGAUGCCUCUAUAGCUGAACUACUAUGAUUUGCUCAAUUCUCCUCAAGAGACUGGAUAUACUUGUGUUGACGUUCAAUCCUCCUCCAACUUCUGUUGUGUGGAAUAGCCACUAGUCUGUCUAUGUAAUGUUGGUCAUCACAGCGAUGUGUUGAGACAUGGAGCUCAAAGUGUGGGUGGAAGGCAUACCGCGCGUGGUGUGCGGGGUCACGGAUGACACAACGUGCCAGGAUGUGGUCAUCGCACUCGCCCACGCAAUGGGUCGCACCGGGAGGUUCACGCUCAUUGAGAAAUGGCGCGACGUAGAGCGUCCCCUCUCAGCAGCGGAAUUCCCGCUGCGAGUCUUACAUAAGUGGGGCGAAUACGCCAAUGAUGUUAAGUUAUUUCUAUGCCAGUCGGAUACGGACAAAUACCGACGGAACGACAAGUGGAAAAAGUUAGACCAAUUCACACACAACUUCUCUCCACCGGUCUCUCAAGCAAAUAGUGUGAUAAAACGAUCUUUGACAUUCACUGGUGCUCAUAACUCUAUACAGACUGGGUCAAGCCCAUCGUCAUCAUUAUCAUUAUCAUCACACCCGACUGAUCUGCAUCGGAACUAUUUUGAGCCUUAUCACAACAGUCUGAGUCCACGCUCAUCUAACCAUAGUUACUCAUCCACAUCGUCAUCUAUACAUCUACAUCCACCACACCAACAACAGCAGCAGCAUCGUUCACCACCACCAUCAUCAUCAACAUCAUCAUCAACAACAGAACAUGGCCAUGCUACGCAUAAAAACAUGUCCAUGUUCGGUGGGCAGAUUCCUUCACAGCACUGCCAUGUUCCACCACACCCGACAAAAUACCUGCACGAGGGCAGUGGUCAGAAUUACCGCCUUCCGCCGGCAUCAGCGGUGUCUCAAGACGGAGGAGUCCCAAGACUUCAUCCUCCCAGGGUGAACAUGGCCCCAGUGGAGCUGUCUCUGGACAGUCCGCGCCACUCCAGACAGACCAGUCUGGAGAAUAUCGAGGAGUACAAUCUGGAUCACAACUUUCCGGACAACUCGCGCGACUGCAAACGACAUGAGCGUGUCGUUGCCGGUACAGGUGAUGCCGGCGAACACACAGAGUAUCGACUGGAUGAGCACGACGCCAACAGACCCGAGUCGGAGAAGUGUCGUCUGCUGAGGCUCGUCUCGCUGCAGAAAGAGAGGCUCAAGGUUCAGGAGUCCGAGUUGGAUGUCAUAGAAACAGAAAUUGUUUCUCUGGAGGAGAAGGAUAGAGAGUUUGAUAAGGACAUAGAGAAAGUUUGUAGUGAUAUUUCGUUAAUGGAGGAGAAACAGACUGUGAUUGAUUCAGAACUCGAACAGCUGGAAUCGGUCGAGUGGAUAGAAGUAUUACAGCAAGAGCAGACAAAGGGCAAAGAACUCCAGCUGGAAAUUUCUACUGUCAAAAACAGUAUGUGUAAGUGUGAAAGAAAAAUUGACGACACGGCUCAACGUCAGAAAGAACUGGAAGAAUUAAUAGAGAAAGAAAAACAGUUGGUGCAUACGUUGGAGGAGGAAAAUAAACAGAAAGAAAAGGAGUUGAAAAGUGAGAUCAGUCGUCUGCAGAACGAGUUGAGUAGCAAGCAGACGGAGUUUGAAAAUGAUCGCAAGUCGCUGAGCGAAGUGUUGAGUGAACACAGUGAGAUAGAGACUCGCUUGAAAGAAAAACACUAUGAGGCGGAUAUACUAGAGGAAAAAAAGCAGCAGUUGAACAUGAAGGAGUUUGUUACACAUCCACCAGACUUGUCUCAAAAGUCUGAAAGUGGACAAGUGGUUCUCAAGUUGUUGGAAGGACGAAUGUCUCCUCGGCCGAUGACGUCAGCAGCGCCAAAAACAUCGACGACACAGCUGACACUGAACAAUGUUCUUUCUACAAAAAAUCCAAACGGUGUUUGGGUUUAACACAAUCUACUAUUAUUAUUAUAAUAUAAAUUUCUUUUCAAGUGUAUUUUAUCUUUUUACUUCCAGAUAAUCAUUCCUAUAUUUUAACACAGUUUUGCAGACAUGUGAUGGUGUAUGGGUGGAAUGUUAGUUAAUGAACAGACAUAAUGUACUGAGACACAACAGUUUUUAUUAUUACUUGGAAGAACAAUACAGGAGUUAUUCCCCUUUAUGUUUUUUGGUUACAGAAUCGUAGUGGUAAUUUUAUUUCCAGUCAAUGAAAACAUUUUAAUAGCCAGUUGUAAACUAUAACAGACAUACACACACAUCAGGGCCUAUGCUUAUAAAACUUUUUAGAGUACAGACUCAAUCUGUAAUGAUGUCACAUUCAUACAAUUUGUAUGGCAUUGUCAUGACAUCAGUGUCUCAGACUCUAAAAGUUGUAGUAUAAGCACCAAAGCCCCGUUCCACAAAGCGAUCUUAGUCCUAAGAUCACCUUAAGUGCACAAGGUAGGCAUGUACUUAAGGCGAUCUUAGAGCUACGAUCACUUCUUGGAACGGGGUCCAGGCCAGGUUUUACCUGUCUUUUCCAGUUUGCCAAACAAGUUCAAUAAAUUUGCCAAAAACAUUAUUUGAUACAUGUCACUGUCUUUCAAUUUUGUCACAUUUCAUUUGGCAAUUAAAAAAUUGUUAAUAAAUUACACAUUUUUUAAAUUGCUAACAUUUUAUUUAUUUUGUUCAGUUUAAAAUCUAAUUUAUAAACUUUCACAUAUUUAUCAUGGGUCAUAGUUAAAGGAGAAAUACAUUUAGCCUUGAAAUAAUGCAACUCAUACGUAAAGCAAUUGUAAUAGUUUGAUUUGUUUAUAUUAAGUUUUAUAUGAAUCUCUCUCAUGUUGAAUGACUAGUUUUAGUGCUAUUGUGUUUUCCAGUCCAGUUUUGUAAGUUGGCCCCAGUUCUGCAACAUUUUUAGUUUAAACAAUAUUUAUUCCAUCUUUUUCGGGUGGAAUUGGUCGAUGGGCUACAAGCACCUUUCCCUACAUUGUUUUUACAAGCAAGCUGUGACAAGAUGACACACUAAGUACAUAUAAUAACUAACAAUAAUAAAACAUACUGGUAGAUAAUUAACAUAAGAGUGAGCUACCGAAUGGAAAAGUACGUACCGGGAAUUAAGACAGGUAGAGAAAUGUAACAGUGCUGUUAAGUUUCAAAACGUUUAGUGCUUACAAUAAAGUCAUGAACAGAUUUUUAAAUGUCUAUAUUUUCCUAAUUAGUUGAGUGUAGAUCGCCAAAUAAUAAAAUGUUAUGAUUAACAUGUAGAUAUUUCUACACCAUUUUUCAAUGUCUUCUAACAUAUUUCAUUAUAAUUAUAUAAUAAAGUAUGUUACAGUGUAUUCCAUUGUCUUCUGACAAAAUACAGUGUGUUUCAAGAUACCUGUACAUGUACACAAUGUACUAUGUAGUUGUUUCACCUACAAUGUAUUACAAUGUCUUCAUAUGGAAUUCUGUAUAUGUGCAUUUAUAUGCAGUUUGAUUAGUAUAUUUCAGUGUCUUUUAAACUUAAUGCAAAAUAUUUAAAAUUAAUGAUACCUUAGAACCUAAAGUUUUGUUAAUGUUUGUAUUCCCUGCCAAAAAAUCCCAGACUUGCCACAAAUAACCAAAUAUUAAGCAUUAAUUUAUUGGUUUACUGUUAUUUAGAAGCCAGCUUGAAUUGGCUUGGUUGAGUUUAAUUGAUGAAAAUGUUUAAUUUACAUAUUUUUGCAUGUGCCUCCCAUCAUUUCCCCUCUUCCCCUUAUGUGCCUUACUAUUCUGCUUUACCUAUUGAAUCCUCUGAUAUUAUGUAAAGUUUCAACUUUUAAAUUUUGAUUUUUGAAAAUGUCUUUACAUCUGGUAAAACAUCAAUUUUUAUUGGGUAGCAAACUUUAUUUUAUACAUAGGUAUGAAAUGUAUAGAUCUACAGAAACUGUAAUUUAAAUGAUAUUAGGAAAUGUUCAUAUUUUCCAAAAUGAUAUCCACAUUUUUGUGAUAUUUUCACUUCUAUUUUGUGAUAUUUUCACAGUUUAGAUCAUAAAUGCUGAAUUACAUGAUUGCAAAUAAGAUGUUACACAGUCAAUGUUUGUAAAUAGAUUCAGAAUAAUAUUAGGCCUAUUAAGAGGCUGGUCUAUGUAUAUAUAUAAAAAUUCCAUAUAAAAUCUGUACCAAGAUUCCACAAUGUACUGUUUUUUUUCAUUCAAAUUACAUCAUCUUGUUAUUUGUAGCAUGCAUUAUCAAACAAUUUGAAAUAUGAACUCGUAAUAUAGGCUUUAAACUUUCUAUUGCCAAAUCAUGAAAGGCAAAUUAAACAUGAAUUUUGCUCAUUUAUUUCAUUUCUAAUUGACCAAAACUGGAACUUUAAUUUGGCUCCAAUUUUCUGACUAAAUUUGCCACUAUUUCGAUAAUUUUUGGAGUCCAGCUUAACCCUUGGUGAUGUGUGAAAUUUUUUAUUCUCAGUCACUGCUCUGCAGUUCACAAAAAUGUGAUUUUAACAUCACUCAUGGACAAAACAAAACAUGAAAACUACAAACUGAAAUAGCAGUUCUUUAUUAUUUGUUCAUGUUUUAAGCUAUUAUUACAUCAAAUACUUAUUCCAUGGAUACAACAGUUAACAUAUUUCUAGUUUACAUGAAACAAAGUGGGGGUUUUCUUUUUCUUUUUCAUUGCAUCCAUCUCUUUUGCAUACCAAAAUAUUUGAAAUUGUAUGAUAUUGAUAGUGCAUGGUUUGGAUGAAUGACUUGAAGUUACUUAUAAUAAUUAUGGGUUUUAAUUUUAUUUUUUUCCAAAAAUAUUAACUGUAACUGAAUUAUAACUUAGAUUUUGAUAUUUGUUUACUACUUUUGGUUAUACUUUUAAUUGUAAUUAUUAGUAAUUAAGUUGAAAUAUGGCCUGUUUAUCACAGCUAAUCAGGUGUAAAUAACAAACAGUUUGUUUUGUUUAAUGACACUACUAGAGCACAUUAAUUUAUUAUUCACCGGCUAUUGGAUGUCAAACAUAUGGUCAUUUUAAGAAAUGAUACCUGCUACAUUUUUCCAUUAGUAGC